AAGGAACGGUUUAAUUCGUCGAGUUGUUUGUAUUGUUUUUUCAUGUUUGGUUAUUUUUGUUGUUGAUAAGUUUCAUGUUAUUGGAAAUGAGAGAGAAAUGAUUGAAAUAAGUGGGGGGUCCAGUGUUAAGUAUGACAAGUAAAACUAGCAGCUUGAAAGCUUUGCUACUGCGGGCUUGGCGAGAGAGGUGGUCUGAUCUUCAGUGGGGUAUCCACAUAAAAACGAUCCUGCCGCGAGGCGUGAGUGGAGAUGUGUACAACCUGGCGGACUGCAUCUUGCAGCAGGCCUUGGUGGGGCCGGGUCCCAACCAGCUGGUGGUGUCGUACCUCAGGCACUCGCUCAGCUCGCAGCUUGUAUCGUAUGCUGCCGUGCUACAGCGAAUCAGCAAGUAUGAUGGUUUCCACAAGCCACAUUGUAUUGUCAGUCUUCUGGAAUUCUUGGAAACCAUUCAGGGAGGCAUCACGUGCCGCAGUAAGCCCGAGGAGGGUCUUCUGGCCACUGCGGUCCUGUCCAUUGUGCAGUGGUUGCUUGGCUGCAUGAUGCAUGCCCUGAAGAACACCACAGAGCUCCGCGCCGGUAGCGUGGAGUACAGCGCGAUGCUCGACAAGCCCGCCAGCAUCCUGAACGAGCUGCUGGGGUGCGACUUCAUGGUAGCUAUGUGCUGCCUGGCCAAGCAUGAGACCCUGGAGUGCUACCAUGAUGUACUAAAGAAGUGCCAAGAGUUAGAAGCACUACUCAACCAAAAUGCUCCGAUACAACCAAGUACUCCAGUCAUUGAUAACCUAAGGAAGCUGCGCCAGCUGGAGGUGGACGGCAGCCAGGAUGCGGACGCUGCCGAGGACAGCUCGGAGCCGGUCACGUACUGCCUCCAGGCCCUGCUGGCCGUGGAGGUGCUGCAGAACCCCAGUGCGGACACCCACAUGUUCGUCAGCGAGGCGCUCAUGGUCAAGAGGCUGAAGGGCUACAGUACAUCCCGCUUGUAUUGUGAGAUAAUUCGUGCGUGUCUCAUGAGCUUGAAUGAUAUGAUGGGCACCAACGAGGAGUCAAAUUGGGGAGCUUUUCUCUUCUUGAAAGUACCACAUAUACUGAGGCAACUUCACUUCACUCUUAAAGGCGAGAGCGCGGAGGAAAAGCAGGAGUUCUCCCAGGAUGUGGUGGAUGCCUUCGACCUGCUGCUGCAGUACACGCCGUUGUUGGACGUGAUGGACGUCAAGUGCAGCAGCAACUGCAUCGAGUGUCUCCUGAACGAGCUGGUAAAGAUCGGCCUUGUCAGCGAGACACACGUGGCUCAGUACAACGCCAAGAGGGAGCCGGUAACUGCUGUGGUUCAGAGGCCAGAACCUUCUCAAUCCACAACACAGAGCCUUGCUAUUACCAAGGUCAUUAUAAGAGCAGAUUCAACUCUUGCCAAGAUUACGAAAACCCUGGACGCAGACUACGGGAAAGUACAGGAUGCACUGCUCAGUGUGCUCUGCCAGGUACUGACUGGCAAGAGCUUCGAACUGAUCCUGUCUGUAGCCACCGUCGAGGGAAAGCUACGUACGUUCGUUACGAAGCUAAUAAAGUUUAACGAGUGCAGCAAGCAGGUUGGGGGAGAGUCCGGAAAGACACCGCACACUCGAGCCUUGCUGUUUGACGUCUCGUUCCUCAUGCUGUGUUCGAUAGUGCAGACGUAUGGGUCGGAGGUUGUGCUGUCGGAGGAGAGCGGGCAAUCGUUCUUUGAACAGUGGGUGCGGGAGUGCAUGGUGGAGCGAGGGCAACCAAAAUUCACGGAUCAGAUGAUGGAGCACUGCGACCAGGCAAAGGUGGAUGCCCUUCUGGCGCAGUUCAACUCUCCGGACAGUGACUUCAAGAUGAGUGUGGUGAAGUGGCACGAGGUGUGCAUGCUGGUCCCAUCGGCCAUCAGGGAGGUGCUUAUUGCCUGGGAGCACGGGGUCAUGUCUGCUAAUGACGUGAAGCGCAUUCUGGAUGCUAUGCGGUCCCGUAUGUGCUGUCUGCCCGUCUGCGCCGCCGCCUGGCUCUGCAGCUAUAUGCAGGUGCAGCACCAAGACGCUCUGCUCAAGCCAAUGAACAUGGUGCAACAGUUCUUGAUGCCGCUCACUAAUGACGAAGUCACUCAGCAGGAUACCUUCAAAGAGAGGUCAAGUCUAAUGUUCCAAGUCAUACGUAAAAUGCAGUAUGACAUAUUUCCACCUACACCAUCAAAGUCAAAGGUGAUGACUUCCCACACCAUCAAGUCCAGGCAGCCGAGCUGUGAGCAGCUGGAGGCCGUGUGGGCGGGGAUCCAGGCCAGGGGCUGGGUGAACAGCGAGGCGGCCCACGCCUUGGAGAGCCUGCUCAACACGGGCGGCUCUCAUUGGUUCGUCUGCAGCCUUGUCCAGGAGGUUCUGAAGUUCAGGUACCAGGAGGUGCUGGACAGAGCCGUGGACCUGGCGUUCGCAGUCUUCCACCUCGACAUCGAGCACUGCACUCUCGCGCUGCUGCUCAAUGUUCUGCCUCGUUACCUUCACAACAGCCUGCAGAGCGAAGAGCUGGUUGAACCCCAGGCGUCUGCCUUGGCCAAGUUGUGUGCGUACUGCGUGUACGCUGCACUCGAGUUCCAGAACACAUUGACACCAGCGCAGAGCAACAGUCAGAAGAGGAACAGGCGAGAAGUGGAGUCUGAUGACAUGGAGGGCCUGUGUCCUACGGCCAAGCUGGUGCGCACGUCUGCCAGCGUGACGGAGGCCGCAGACACGGCGUCGCUGUUCGGCGCGGCCCCCGGCUCCAGCACGCCCGGCCCGACCUGCCGCUCCCUGCGAGGCCGACCGGCGGCCGUGAGGGAGCCCCUGCGCUCCGCGCUCCGCGACCUGUUCCGCAGCUUCGCGCUGGUGGCCGGUCGCGACGGGGACGUGUCGCAGCAGACCCACUUCGUCUGCAGGUUCCUGCACUUCGUGGUGCAGAGCGGGAGAGACCGGACCAGGCUGGUGCUGCACGAGAUGCCCAAUACCUUGGUUCCAUGUCUCUUGAAGUCUCUUCCAGACCUCUUCACUACAGAUUUGUUGCUGCGACUCUAUGACCUACAGACUCCUGCUGGGCGCAAGGACACUGCAAGAGAUCUGUGUGUUCUGAGGAACAUGUCCUUUAGGCUUGGCAAUAAGACUGUGUGAUACACUAGUACUGUAUUGAUGUGUGACUAUCAUGCUGCAUUCCUAAAUGACUGUUUUUUUAUUGCUGUGAUGUGAUAUUGCAUGUAAUGCUGAAAUUGUGUUAGUAUCCACAAAAUAAAUUUAAAUAAUUCAUUUUUCAAAA